UCAUUUACAGCAUUUCUAAUUUUUAUGAUAAAAAUUUCGAAAAAUCGCUAUUAAAUAUGGACGCAAAUACCUUUAGAGAAUUUGGCAAAGCAGCUGUGGACUUUGUAGCCGAUUAUUACGAGAAUAUACGUGAUACUGAUGUGCUACCAUCUGUGUCACCGGGUUAUUUGAUUAAUCUGCUACCCAAAGAGAUGCCUGAGAAGCCUGAGCAAUGGCAAGAAAUUCUGCAAGAUGUCAGCAAAUUAAUCGUGCCGGGUCUAACACACUGGCAAUCGCCGAAUUUUCACGCCUUCUAUCCUACUGGCAGUUCGUACCCAUCAGUUGUGGGUGAAAUGCUAUCCGCAGCCUUUGGUGUGAUCGGUUUCAAUUGGCUCUGUAGUCCGGCUUGUACCGAAUUGGAGGUAGUGGUCAUGGAUUGGUUGGCGAAGUUCUUCAAAUUGCCCGCACAUUUCCUACACUCGACCAAAGGACCAGGUGGCGGCAUUAUACAGGGUUCCGCCAGUGAGUCUGUGCUCAUCGCUGUGAUGGUGGCGCGCGAGCAAGCGGUGCGACGCGUGAAGGCGGCACAACCCGAGUUGAGUGAGGGCGAGAUACGCGCACGCCUCGUCGGCUACUCCAGCGAUCAAAGUAAUAGUUGCAUAGAAAAGGCAGGCAUAUUGGGCACAUUACACAUACGCCUACUGCCAGCUGAUGAGUCGCUGGUAAUGGGUGGCACGCAGUUGGCCAAAGCCGUGAAAGAGGACUUGGCCAAGGGGCUCAUACCUACCGUUUGUAUUGCUACAUUGGGCGCUACAGGAACUUGUUCCUACGAUGACAUCGCGUCGCUGGCCACCGUCUGUGAGGAGCAUAAAAUAUGGCUGCAUGUGGAUGCUGCUUACGCAGGUUGCGCUCUAGCAUUGGACGAGUAUGCGCAUUUGCGUGAAGGACUCGAUCGUGUGGAUUCACUCAACUAUAAUCUACACAAGUCACUAGCUGUCAAUUUUGACUGCUCGCCAAUGUGGUUGCGUGAUUCGCACAAAGUUGUGCAGAGCUUCACGGUGGAACGCAUUUAUUUACAACAUAACUAUGAAGGACAAACUGAUAUUCCCGAGUUUCGGCAUUGGCAAAUUUCAUUGGGACGCCGUUUUCGUGCUUUGAAAGUGUGGCUGACCUUCCGUACUUAUGGCGCCGACGGCUUACGCGAAUAUGUGCGACAUCGCAUACGUCUGGCGGAACGCUUCGAAAAUUAUGUAUUAGCCGAUACUCGACUCGAGAUAGUCGCGAAACGGUCUAUGGGUCUAGUCUGCUUCAGAGUUAAAGGUGAAGAUAACUUGUCCACAGAUCUCUUACAACGUAUAACGGAACGUAAAAAGAUCUAUAUGGUACCGGCGACAUUUCAGGGAACAUCGUUCAUACGUUUCGUUGUGUGUGGCAUGGAACCUAAAGAAUGUGAUAUAGACUUUGCGUGGCAUGAAAUCGAGUCACAAUUGAGUCAGCUGCUUAGUGAGCGGAAGGUAACAGAGGAUGAGACAGUGCAUAACUUGCCAGAAAAUAAAUCCGAAGACAACCAUGUGCAUCAUCGCAAAGAUGAUGUGGUCGGCAUCACUCAAAAACUAAGUUCCGAUCUACAAUUAAGUUUUGGUGCGACGGAGAAAUCGAAAUGAAUACACAUACGUACAUAUAUUUAUAUAUACUAAUAUUAAGAUGUCAAUUUGACAAACAUAAUUUUAAAAAUAUUUAUAAUAAAUUAUCUAUGUAUAUAGCUACGGG